AUGUCUCAUACCAUAUCAAAUAAAAAUGAUAGGAUGCUCAAUACUUCACAACGUGGUAUAUCUCAUUUGGCAUAUUUCUCGCAUGUUAGAAGAAAUGUGACUAAGGUAAAGUCACAAAAUCCAAAUUUAUUAAAAAGAGAAUAUGAGAAUCAUACUCAAUCCGUUAUGGAAUAUAGUGGUUCUUUAUUGAAUCAUUUAAUUCAAGUGGAAGAAAACCAGACUGGUGUCCGUCCAAAUUUGGCAAGUUUCAAUGCCCAACCUCAGAUCAACGAAAAAAUGAGAAUCUUAAUCGUUGAUUUCUUAAUGUGCUGCCAUGUUAGAUUAAAAUUGUGUUCAUCCACUUUGUUCUUAGCAUUGGAUAUCUUAAAUAGAUAUUCAUCUAAGUUCAUAUUGAAAUGCAACGAUUAUCAAUUGAUCGCUUUAACCGCUUUAUGGUUAAGUUCUAAAUAUUGGGAUUCAAAAAAUAGAAUUCCAAAUUUAAACGUCUUAACCAGUUUAUGUUGCAAUCAAUAUACGGCUACUCAAUUUAAGGAAAUUGAAUGGCACUUAUUAAGCUGCUUGGAUUGGUCAAUUUUGAACAACCCAACUCCUGAUUACUUCAUUGAUUUAUUAUUGUUGUUAAAGAAUAAUAAAAAUUAUUCACCACUUGCAUUACAACAUGGUAUUACCAAUAUCGAUGAAAUCAGAGCAGGUGCGUUACUAUUAUCUGAAUUGGCUGCUUUCGACAUGAAAUUAUCAUACAAAUACAAUUCUUCCGCUAUUGCUCUCGCUGCCAUUACUGUCAGUGCAUUAGCUUUGAAGUUUUACGAUACUAACAAUUGGGAAAAUUAUCGUUUGGAAACUUCAGAUUCAAAUUUGAUUAAAAUUUGCGAUGAGAUUUUGAAAUUGGCUAUUAAUAACGAAUCGAUUCCAUCAAGUUUCCAGUUCAAAUAUUUGAGCGAUUCUGCAUCUCCUUCUAACAUUGUUAGCAAAAAGCUAAUGGAAUCAUUUUCGAAUUAUCAUGUUGAAUUACAAAUGAGUGAAUUAUAUAAUUCAAAAGAAUUUCAGAUUUUAACAAAUUCUCAAAUUGAUAACAUUGCCAAUUAUGAUGACUUUAACCAAAUCAAUGAAUACCAGUCAAAUAUGCAUAAAUAUAAUGACAUCGCAGAUGUUAAUCAAAUUAAUAAUAAUCAGUUUUAUUUUUCAGAUGAUAACGAAGAAAAUGAAAAAACAAAUACAUCAAAUAAUUCUACAAACAUAUCAAAUAAUUUUGCAUCUUCCCCAGAUAUCUUCUUAUCAUCGAAUAAUGAUGCUGUAAAUGGAACUGACAAAGAUUUUCUAGCAAAUUCAUUAUUUCAGCCAUUCUUCCUUUUACCAUUAACUCCAACUACACCAACGUUGUUCCAAGUUGAUGGUAAAUCACAAUUUCCUCCAAAUAUUGAUAUAUCAAGGAGACCAACCAUCAGCAAACCUGCUCUUGCAAAUACCAAUAGUAGAUAUACACGCAAGAAAUCAACCCCAACUGGAUUUCCAUCUAGCAGUACUGGUACUGCAAAAAAUCGUCCAUUUCUUAAGACUCAUUACAAAAGAUCAUCUUCCACUAUGGAUAUUGAUUUUUUUUCAUCAGAAAUGGAUCUUAAAAAAACUCAUAGUAGAUAA